UGUGAUUUAACCACGUGACAGUGAUUUCUGAUAAUCAAUAAAAUUGAAAUAAUACUGGGCAAGUGAAAUGCAACUAACAGUGGGUAGGAGCAAUUUAUUACAGCCUAAAUAGAAAAAAUAUAAGAAUAAAAAUUUCCCUUAUGAAAUAAAAGUAUGAAAUCAAUCCUUGACAACACACUAAGUCAAUCUGUCAUAGAUACACAACUACUAAAUGAACACAAAGCGGAUUGUAAACAUUUACUGCAAUCGCAUAAAUUAAAAAAGCUUCUUCAAAAAGAUAUUUACUCAGUAAAAGUAAAUUCUUCUUCUUAUUCUACAUCAUCAUCAGCAGCAGCCACAUGUAAUAAUCUAUUAAAAUUACCACGGAUUGAAAAGAAUAUUGUAAAUAAUCGUAACCAUGGUAACAGGUAUACAAGUAAAGCAGUAAAACAAACCAACACAUCAUUUACUGUAACAUGUCCAACGGAUUAUUUUAAAAAAUUAGAUGAGAUUAAACAAAAAGAGAUAUUGCUUCAAAAGAAAUUGGAUGAAAAGAAAAAAUCACUAUCAAAAAGAGAUUUAAUCAGUAAUCAAAGCAAUGAAUUGAAACAUUUGAAAAAUAAGCGCCAAUUCAAUGCAGAUAAUACUUUGAAAUGUAAACUAAAUGAAGAAUUUGGCAUCAGUAAUAUUAAAAAUGGUAUAAUUAAUAAUGAAAAUAACACGAAUAAUGAUAAUGACAAGGAAGGUGAUGAAGUUGAAAGAAUGGAAGAAGGUCAAUUGAAUGAGAAUGAAAAAAUACCAAAAAAUCUUGAGAAAGAUGGACGACAAUCAUCGGAUAGUGUGGGCAGAUUGAGAUGGACUAGUAGUAUGAGUACUAAUAAUGGUAACAGUAGUAAAAGCAGUAGCAGUAGUAGUAGUGAUAAUGUUGAAAAGCUUUCAUCAUCAUCAUCAACAACAACAGAACCAAUUGCUGACAAUCUCUUUCCAAUGCAAAGUCGACUUUCAACGCUGAUUGAAAAUGUGUUAAGUCGUCAAAAUGUAGGCAAACGAAUGGCUAGAACUGGCACGGGGUUUAGUUGUGUCCCACCAAGACGUAUACACUCAUUAACUAUUAUUAAAGAGGAUCCAAUGAUGAAAUUAAUCGGUAGACAUAUUAAUCAUUCAUUAGGUUUUAAAGUCUGUGAAAAGACAGAUUCGUUAAUCGUAGAGCCAGAUUAUGAAUUAAUGCAUAAUGUUAAUGUUUUAUCAAAAUAUGAAGCGAAAUAUGAAGCUAAAAGAAAUCAAGAAGAAGAAGAAGCGAAACGUGAAUGUAGAUUACGUAAAAUGACUGAAGAAAGUGAGAGGUUUUGUAUACCAACGAGAAAGCAAAUAUCAUUGUUAGACAAUUCUAUACCACACGAUUCAUCUGCUUCUCAAUCGAUGAAUAUUAUGAAUGAUGAAAGUCAACAAGAACAAAAAGUUGACCAAUGCGAAAUUAGGUACUAUUUUAAUCCUGUUCUACAAAUUCAGCCUAAUCAAGAAGUAUGGUUAUCAAAAAGUUUAAACAUAAAUCAAAAGUAUAAAAAAUCAAUAGAUUUGAAGUCAUCUGAUGAAAAAGAAUCUACAGUCGACCGGUUAACGACAUCCUAUGAAGAUAUGCAUCCAGAGGAGGAAAAGAGAACAACGUCUUUAUUAGGAUCAGAUAAAUGUGAAUAUUAUUAUUUAUCCGAUAAUGACAAGACUACUGAUAGGCGACCUGUCAGUAGUGUCUGUAGUAGUGGUAAAAGUACUCCAACAAGUACAACUGACAAUCAGCUGGGAAGUAGUACUCCUUACAAAUCGGAUAAUUUAACUCUACCGAAGUUAUCAGUACAACAAGAAGAAAAGUGUCCUCCAUAUUAUAAGCACAAAUCGCAUGAAGGCAACAUUAUUCAUAGAAGAGAUAGUAAAUUAUUAACAGAAAUUGAUUUCACCAAAGUAUUCGAUAAUCCAAAUCCUAUUGUAUGGUUUGAAUAUUUAGGCGAUCCUCGUCUUGGUAACCCGUUUAUUCAACCAAAUAUUGAACAUCAAAAGCUGGUUGCACAAUUCAAUUUAAAAGGUUUAAAAAAGCGGUUUAUCUCUGUCUCCGGUGGUUUAAGUGAGUUAAAACAACACCUGGCUAAAGGUUUUCAAAUUCAUCCAAAACCUGAAACACUAAUUAAAUGUGCUAUCAACAAUGAGGUAUUACAAUUACCAAUGGCAAAUAUUAGCGAUUCGAAAACAAUUAAAAAUAUUUGUCAAUUUAGUAUAAUUAAAUCACCGAUUCUAAUGAAAAUGUUAUUAAGACAUCGUGAAAUACUGCCAAGAGAUUUACAAGAAUUUUUAAACAGUAUUAUGGAGUUGACAGAGACCAGUGGAGAAAUGUUGGCCUCGAUAACCAACUCACCGACAAGACUCGCCAAUCUUAUUCAAUUAGCUAAAGAAUUAAGCUCCACAGCGUUAAUAACCAAUGGUACAAUGAAACAGCAGAGUGCAAAAGACUCUGCUGAUGAACAACGUCAUGAAGAGAGAGAUCGGGAAGUAGUAGAAGAAGGGAAACAUCGAAACGCUGAACAAAAUGAUCUCCUCAAUACUGGUGAAGAAGCUGUUGACUGGAAAUUCACGUCAAGACGUGAACCACGUUCAUCAUUAUUAUCAAAUUUGACAAGAAAUUCAAGGCUAUCAAAAAUGUCAAGUAAUUCUUUACAAUUGUUGAAAAAUGCUAAUUUUAAACAAUUUAGUGAUUUAGGCGAUAUCAAUAAUGAAUAUAAUGAUGAAAAACAAUAUUCCGGCUGUACAAAUUAUUCACGAGAAGAAGAUAUUGACAAGGCAUUCUAUACAGUGUUACGUAAUCCAGCGCAGACAAUCAUAGAAGAGAUCGCUUUAAGAUUCCCUGAAUUCUCUAUAUACAUUCAACCGUUAUUUGAAUAUCGUUGGUCAACAAUCGAGGAGGAAUUCUUUGAGAGUAUACCAGAGAUAGAAAGACAACGAAAUAGUUUUACAAUGAUUAAUGAUAUAUCUAGAAAUACUGUGAAUAAUGCUGACGAGGUGAAUGGUAUUCAAGAAGAUAUCAACACUAAACUGUCAGUUGUAUCUUUACCAAAUGAAGUAGACGAAACUAUCCCGAAAAGGCGUCCGAAUUCACAGUCUCCAGGACAUACACUCUGGAAUGAUUUAUUAAUCUGUAUACAUAUGUCAAAUUAUUAUCCUCAAUUAAGUGACAUUUUAGUCAGUGAAUUGGACAAUUGGUUACCUUUGUUAAUUAUUGGCUUAGAAAGUUCUUAUGCAUCUGUACGUGAAGAAUCUGUUGUAUCCUGGCCUAUUUAG